GGUAUAUCAAUUUUCAUCUCCAACAAGUUUGACACCGAUUCAACUACCGUUUAGGGUCCAAAUUGUACAACUUGCAGUGAGUCAGACACAUUUCGUCGCCCUUACGAGUGAUUACUCAAUUUUCACUUGGGGUGAAGACAAACAUGGGCAAUUGGGUCACGGUGAAGAAACUCCGUGGAAAAACGAUCCACAAUGCGUAGUCUCGUUAUUGGACAAACACAUUACCCAAGUUGGAGCAGGUCAAAAUUUUAGUGUUUUUGUUAGCAGCACAGGUCUCGUAAUGACCACCGGCGACGGUAAAUAUGGUGCUCUUGGUCACGGUGAUUGGAAUAGCAUUUCCAUACCGAAACUUAUAGACUUUUUACUAAAAGUAGACGUGGUGAAAAUUUCUUGUGGAAAUCAUCAUGUCGCAGCAUUGACGAAUGAAGGUCAACUUUACACUUGGGGUCGUGGAAAUCAUGGGCAGCUGGGUCUGGGAAAUUUACAAGACUGCUGUUUUCCGAUUUUGGUCAAUUGGCAUAUCGACGAGAAAAUCGAAUCAAUUCAAUGCGGUCCCGAAUGUACGGCCAUAAUUACAGACUGUCAAAACGUGUACGCUUGUGGCUUGAAUAAAUGCAAUAAACUUGGUCUGAACCGCCCGUCUUUAUUUAAACUUAAA